UAAACUUUUUGUUUACAUUAGUUUUAUAAUUUAUUAAAAAAAAAUUCGAAAUAACAUAUUUACACAUAAUUAAUUGGAAUGUGACUCUUUUAUUCCCGAACAAAAUGAGUUUAUCAGCAAAUGCAUCUUCUUCCUCAACCUCAAAUCAACAUAACCCACUGGAAAACAGCGAAGAUGUGGAGGUGGAUAAUUCAAAGAGUGUUCUUCACAAGAUAGCAACACUGUAUGCAGAACAGCUGAUGAGUGAUUUGAUUCUAGAAGUUGGUGGGACUGAGUAUCCCGCUCACCGUCUGAUACUAUGUGCUACUAGCGAAGUAUUCCAAAUUAUGUUGAUGAACAGAGAGUGGAGUGAGUGGCGUGAGAGCCGUAUUGUUCUUCAGGAGACACCCAUUGCUGCAUCUGUGUUUCCUCACUUUCUGAAGUACUUUUAUACUGGCCAAAUUAAAAUUUCACACAUAAGUGUACUACCAGUUCUGUCUUUAGCAGAUAAAUAUAAUGUUAAGGAUCUGGUGACUCUGUGUCUCAGCUACAUGUCGCAGCACAUAGCCCAGGCGGCAACAAGGGGACAGCUGAUUUCAUGGAUGCAAUACACUAUGGCGUGUGGACACAAUGAUGUGGCUAAGGCGUGCCAGAACUUUGUGAAGUGGAACAUGGAGUGGGUGUGGGUGGAGAGUUGCCUGGGCGAGCUGGAGGCGGACACGCUGCUGCUGCUACUCCAGCAGAGCGACCUGGUGCUGGAGAACGAGAUCUCGCUGUACCAGUUCGUCGUCCGUUGGCUGUACAAGCAAAAGGAACGAUUGACUGCCAGUGAGGCGAGUGAGGCUGAAAUUAAAAUGCACUGGGAGUCCCUCGUCAGCAUAGUAGUUUCUCACGUCAGGUUCCCAAUGAUGUGCCCAAACCAGCUGGCUAAGUUGCUGCUGUGCCCUUUAACACAGGAGCAUAAGGAGUUCUUUAUGGAGAGGAUGGCUAUUGCCAUGAGCUAUCAGUCGGGUCAAUACGAGCGAGUAUCCGAAAUACAGCAGACGGAGGCGGGCCGGAUGUUGUUCACGCCCCGUCUCUACACGGAGGACAUCUGGGGUUCGAUUCUUGCGGUGGACCACUUCCACUCCCUGCCGUGCUACCACACGAGGACGUUCAUCUUCUCCACGCGCCCGUCCAUCAUUGAUGUUGCCAGCGAGAAGAUGACGGAGUGGACGGUGGAUUUGUACCCGAAGGGCGUGUGGUUCAAGAAGAGCAUGAUGAUUAUAUGGACGGGGACUUAUGAUAUUCCUGAGGUAGUGUUGCGCACGGUGCGAGUGUCCAUCACGUGCAACAUGGACGCCAAGUCCGACGACAAUGACGACACCGACGUUAGAGUCAAGAUCGGUAUCCUGGUGUGGGGCGUGCAGAACGGCGUGGAGCACGUGUCCGCCGUGCUCGAGCGCGUGCACUGGUUCUCCAAACACAACAGAGUAUUAAACAUCGAUGGUGCCCUUGAUUUUGACGAGCUGAAUACGCCCCUGUACUCACCAGCUAACUCGAACCUGGCGCCACCUAAAAAAUGCCCUAAAUGUACGGAAGACUGCGAGCCGGCCGAGCCCAAACAUCUGCUUGGGCCCAACCGUGACCACUUGCGGAUACAAGUGGUGAUUCUGCCGCUAACGGACUACUGCCACGUGAGUCCGCACACAUGACAGCAAGCGCCACUCAAAUUUUGAGACCGGUGUAAGUGACGGACGUUACGUUUUACCAUUUUAUUGCACAGUUGUGCGAAUCUAUUGAAUUGUUGUUGGGACGAGUAUUGCCAAUUUGUUUAUACAUAAUAUAAAGUAAAAUAUUUUCGAAAAGGAUCGUGUGUACACGUGUGAAGUGAGACUUAUGUCCUAAGGCCGGCCGCAUACAUACGUUGUCCGUAUACGAUUUCCGCAUUCGUUUUCCGUAUUCGGAAAGCCGAUGCAUGCAAUUGAUAGAAAAUACAGUAAAUGCCGCACACUUUCGUUUUUCUCCGUACGGAACGAAUAUUCCGCACGUAUGAUUCAAGUGCAAGCCCGGCCCGUUCGCGCGUGAAAAAAACGUUUCGUUAGUCUCACAGAAUUCAGAAUACGGAGAAAACUAAUUCGGAAAUCGAAUACGGAAAACGUGUGUUUACGGCUAGCCUAAAUCGUGACGGCGUCGGACUUUUUAUGACCCGACCUUGAUAUUUCGCUCUUGAGCUUGACUCGCUUAAGAAGUUUCACUUAAAAACAUUUUCGAAUGUAGUAUGCUCCGAUUUGGAUGCAAUUUUGACGACUGCUCAAGUGCUCAUCACAAAAGCAGAUUCUACUUAAACAUAAUGAAGGCGCCGUUUGUUAUAUUUCUAUGAAUUGUUGCCGCAUAUCAUUUAUAACGCCAUCUGUUGUUGUGUUUGUGCACUGUUAUGACAUUGGACGAGGUCUUAUCGAUCCUGUCCUAUAAAUAAUCCUCUCUUUCCCUCGAUAUCCGCUACGCGAGUUUGGCGCCACUUGCACCAAAAGUGAAGUUCAAAAUCACAUAAUAUUAUGAGACUAAAUUCAAUUUUAUAGGUAAGUUUGAUGCUUAGAAACAUGGUAUGAUGUCAGAUAUGUAGUGAACAGCUUGAGUGCUGCAAAAACUGCCCACUCUCGAAUUUUGAUCUCAUUACAAUCAUAUUGAAUUUAAAACUUUUAUAUCAACAGUUUACGAAGUUGUUAACUCAACAUUGUUGACUCAACAGAAUUUGAAGUCAUAUGCAACAGCAAUUGUAUAAGAAUAUUAUUUUUAUUUAUCUUUAUAUACUUCAAUUAUUGUAAUCAUAAUGGUUAUCUUAUUAAAUUUAUUAACUAAAUAGUUAUUAAUAAUAAUAAAGCUUAUAUUUUCUUGGGAUUUAUUCUAGUAAGAGCAUUUUGCUAUUGGUGCUAGAUAUCGUUUAUAGAGUACAAGAUACAUCGUAAUUCGAAUCCUGUUUUACUAGGAACACUUUUAAAUAAACCACCUGUACGCGGUUCCGCGUUUUUAGAAUGACCAUACGCGGUAAUUACUUAUUUUAAUGGGUCAAAACGCAAGUAUCCAACUGACAUCUUCCGCCGCGCCAUCUUGCAACACUGGAACAUCGGCACUACAUCAAUCAUCAAGCGCCCAUCAUCUAAUCUUCUAUAAACGUAAUAAUUUAUUUUAUAUUUUAUAUUCUAUAUUCUAUACAUUACAUGAACACAGUCUAAUCUAAGUAAUUAACACAAAUAACACCUGUCAUUGCCAUAGUAUUACGAAGUCUAUCGAGCACUAUUAGCAGAAUGGUAUUGCUGCAAUUAAUUUAAGUUAAUGAGAGCUGUUUAUUUUAGUAUUUUUUGUUUGUUUAACUGUCUGAAGUGAAUUUGUUUUUUUUGGUGUAAUUAUUUUCAUGUAUUGUAAAUUGUAAAACUAAUUAAUGAUAUUGCGAGUGCAAUAAUUACUGUUGUUUGCAUCUAAUUCGGAUUAUUAUAAGGGCCUGUUUCACCACUUCCUGAUAAAA